CUCGGCGCGUUGCCAGGACUCUCGGUGAAUCUGUUCAAUUGCAGACUGUCUAGCCAAACGUAUUCAGGUAUUUUAGUACGUUGCUGAUUGUCAGCAAGCUUGUCUACCAGCUCUAGUGUCUACUGUCUAGCGCUUUCGUUUACUAACGGCACAGUCGAAAGUAGAAGUAAACAAAUGACUUUGUGGCCUAUAUAAAUGGGAAAAUCAAUAAAUAUAAUAUUUUAAUGUGUCUCUUUAAUUACAAAUCUUAAACGGUGUUAAGGAAUACUAUGAAAAAGCAAGAAUUAAAGUGUAGAAAAUGCUGACUUUAUGAUUUCGCCAGCACACGCCGUCUGCCUUGGAUCAACAAUGAACUGAUGUGUUUAUUACGUGUUUAGGCUUUUUAGCCUUGUAAAAUAUUUGGUAGCCCGCGUUGUACUCGAUUUUCCGUCUGCUUGCGUCGGUGCUUUCACUUUCGUGCUAAGGUGCGUGCCAAUGGCGUAUAAUCGAAUUUAGCGUCGGAAUUAUUAAGUGUUUCGGCAAGGCCUUAGUAUUAUAUUUGGCCAAUGGGCGGUAUGUGUUAAAUGCAAGAAAAGUAAGUGUGUUAUUGUUAUUUUCUUGCAUCUGUGAUACUUUGACUCGGAUAUGCACCUUGGGCCUACGAUAUGGACGCGACGUAUCAGAAUCACCACAUUUGGACAACAAACAACGGGUUCGUGCGAAAUAAUGCGCGGCCAGCAACAGGUAACCUUAGUAUACGCAGCACCGACUCAGCUGCAGACGAUACAUCCUAUUUACCAGGUGCCAAUGGCUCCACCACCGCGUUAGGCAAACGUCCGCCUUGCGACGCUACCUUCGUCGGCGUACAAUCAAAGUUUCGACGGAAAUAUUACCAGAAGACCUUGAUCGGUUUGCUCAUACUUUUGAUAAUCAUUUUAACCAUAGCUAUAAUAGUCGUAUGUAUAAGACGCCGCGCAGAACCUGAAGUGUGUCGCAGCAACGAGUGUCUCCGCACAGCGGCUGGCCUCAUUUACUCAAUGGACGAAGAGACUGAUCCUUGUGAGGACUUUUAUAAAUUUACCUGUGGCCGUUGGGCGGACGAUCAUCCCAAACCCGAUUCGGCCACAUCAAACGACUGGUUUCGGGAGCGACAAGCGAAAAUUAUGCGCAUGCUACGUUCCUUCCUGCAAACGAAUAUUAGCGAGGAGGAACCCGCCGCUGUGGGGAAGACGAAAAUAAUGUAUCGCGCGUGCAUGAAUACGGAUUUAUUGGAUAAGCGAGAGCUAGAGCCGCUGAUAUAUUUUCUGCGGAAGUUUGAGUUACCACUUUUGCCGAGCGGCUUCAAUGUUACACUGCCGGAGGAGGUGAUACGGAAGUACAGCGAAGAAUCGAAAUUUAAUUGGUUGCGCAGUUUAGUGCUGAUUAAAAAGAACUUAGGCAUGGAUUUAGUAGUGGGAUUCGACAUAUUCCCCGAUCCGGUAAAUCGCACAAUAAAUCGCAUAGCUUUGGGCACGCCCGAAACAGAUUCUUCAUUGCCUUUCAACAAAGACGACAUGCACAAGUUGUUGAAUAAAAUCAAGCGGAAAACAAUAGCCAACCACGAGGAGGAUGAUGAAGACAGCGACGAGUUGGAGGAUGAUAUAGAAGAGUCCCAGAAGCAUACUUCCUCAGGAUUGUUGACUUAUGUGGCAUAUAUCAAGAAAAUGGUUGAAUUAUAUGUGCUGUACUUAAACCCUGAUGCGGAAGUCGAACCCCUCGAAGACUCGAUAGGCGAGAUGGCUCUACAGGCUGUGAAGUUCGCGAAAAAAUUGUACAGAUUGAAAGAUGAUGCUGAAAACUUGACGAAAACUCUGACAAACCCCAUUGAGGACCUCGUUUACGUAUCCGUCGCGGAUUUACAAAAUCGCACCAACAAGCUAAUUGCCCCGAAAACAAUACUCAACUGGGAGUUAUACUUGCAGGUGAUGAUGGAGGAUGCCAACCAUUCAAAAAACUUUAACCUUAGCGAGUUGACUAUCAUAACCAGCAAUGCGGAUAUCGUCUAUUUGCAAAGCCUCGUUGAGUAUCUGACAGACGCGCCGCCAACACAUAUCGAGUUCUACAUCUGGCUAAGUGUCGUCGAGGAAUUGGUAUUGCACACCACCAGCGAGAUGCGGCUGCUACACUCUGAAUAUAUGCGUCUAAUUGUGGGCACCGAAGGCAGUUCACCGCGUUCCCUAUAUUGCGUGCAUGGCGUUAAUAGCCUGAUGGGCAUGGCUGUGAGCUACGUGCUGGCUGAUGAUUACUUCGUGCGCUACAAACUGCCGAAGGUGGAGCGUAUGUUAAAUGAUAUCAGACAUGCUUUCGAUAUGCUAGUGCGCCGCACCUCUUGGAUGGAUGAGGAGACCAAACAUGAGACACUACAGAAGUCGGCAUCCAUGAAAAGUUUCAUUGGCUUUCCGGAUUGGUUGCGCAAUGCAACUGCGCUGAAUGCACACUAUGCGGGCGUGCAGGUGAAUGCAAGUACACACUUGGAGAACAUGAUUGGCGUGCUGCGCUGGGAGAUGCAGGAUAAAUUGGACAAUCUCUACAGACCAGAACCGUUCGGUUGGGCAACGGCACCAUCGAAUGUCAACGCCUUUCACACUUUCCAAUCGAACACGAUAACUAUACCCAUUGCCAUACUGCAGUAUCCUUUCUACGACCUCGGCAUGGAAGCGCUGAAUUAUGGCUCCGUCGGCACAAUUUUGGGGCACGAACUGACGCAUGGAUUUGACGACAGUGGACGAAUGUUCGACAAGAAUGGCAACAUGCUGCAAUGGUGGUCGAAUGAGACGAUCAAAGAAUAUGUCAAUCGCACCGAAUGCUUUGUAGAGCAAUAUAGUCACUACUAUCUGCCAGAUGUGGAAGAAUAUAUCGACGGUGAGCUAACAUUGGGUGAAAAUAUUGCCGAUAACGGUGGCAUGCGUGAGGCCUUUCACGCUUAUCGUAUGUUUGUGAAAGAAAACGGCGCUGAACGGCUGAAAUUGCCUGGCUUGGAGAAAUACACGAACGAACAGCUGUUUUUCAUUUCAUUCGGAAAUCUGUGGUGUGAAACGUAUACACCGGCGGCUUCCCGUUAUGCGCUCGAAGACUCGCAUUGUCCAGGAAAGAUACGUUUAAAGGGUGUACUCUCCAAUUCUGAAGAGUUUGCGCAAACUUUCAAGUGUAAGCGGGGCGCAGCCAUGAAUCCGAAAGAGAAGUGUCGUCUCUGGUGAGUGUGGCUAGCGGAUACAUUGCGAUAAAUGAGUCAUAGUUAGUAUAGCAAA